UUGGCAGUAUGAGUAACGGAAAUCACGUCUCACACUGUCCUUGGAUUAUGGAAUAGAUAUGCAACAGACCUUGUGAUUUAUUGUUGUAACGUUCAUCAAAUGAUUGUUAAUAUCUAGCUUAUGACAUGGUUUUGUUACAGAUACUCUCUUCCAUUAUUUUCUCUCACAGUUGGCCUUUAAACAAACUGAAUCAAAGGAACAAACAAUGCAUUCUCUGUAAAAUCCAGCCAUUGUCUCUUUUACGAAGGAAUACAAUAAUAACACAACACUCGUUUUCCCCCUGUAGAGGCUCUUAAACUGCAACAGAGCCCUUGUCAAGAAGCCCAGCCCCAUUGCCCAAAUAUCCCAGUGUGUGCGCGCGCUUCCUGCCGAAUGGACUUGGCGGUGAAUGCGCCCCGGCCUUUAUGACGCGCGCCGCUCACGUUUGAGGAGAACCCCCAGACUUCAGCGACACUACUGUAGUCCACACAAAGAAGACGCGCCGAUCCGGAUUCCAGAAUGACACUGUAGAAGGUGUCUCGAUUCGAAUUGAGCUGGAACGCGGCGGUUCGAAAAUCCGCUCUGCGCUAUGAGAGAAAUGGAUACGAGCAUGUUGGUUUCCUGCAGACGGAUAUAAGUUUUGCAUCAUUUAUUACUCGAUCUUCAUAUCUACAUCACGUCAAGGGGGAGUAAACGGACUGAUUAAACUGACGGGCCGGGGGGCAACACUCGUUUGCUUUCAUUGUGAAGAAGAACGGCGAUAUUAUUCGUGCAAACGUCUUCGUGACUGUCCAUUUAUUCGCUAUCUGAUUACUAACGGCGCUUCUGAAGCCUCUGUUUUCACAAUGCAGUUUCGGACAGUUUUGGAUGUAAAAGUGGUGGAUGUGGAGAAGAGGAGGAAUCCGUCCAAACAUUACGUGUAUCUCAUCAAUGUCACAUACUCUGACUCCACAUCCCACGUCAUCUACAGAAGAUACAGUAAAUUCUUUGACCUUCAGAUGCAGAUUCUCGACAAGUUCCCAAUCGAGGGAGGGCAGAAAGAUCCCAAAAAACGGAUUAUCCCUUUUCUUCCAGGCAAAAUCCUAUUCCGACGAAGUCAUGUGAGAGACGUGGCCAUGAAAAGACUACGCUUUAUUGACGACUAUUGCAGAGCGCUGGUCCGGCUUCCUCCCCAGAUCUCGCAGAGUGAGGAAGUUCUUCGCUUCUUCGAGACCAAACCAGAUGAUAUCAACCCUCCAGUAGAGGAUUAUGGAUCCAAACGCAAGUCAGUUUGGAUGUAUGGCCUUCAGGACAGUCCAACCAAGUCUGAGGCCUCAGGACUGGACAGCAGUGAGCCCAUGGUGCUGGAGCAGUACGUGGUGGUGGCCAACUACGAGCGGCAGGAGAACUCGGAGAUCAGUCUGAAGGCUGGAGAGACGGUGGACGUGAUCGAGAAGAGUGAAAGUGGCUGGUGGUUUGUCAGCACAGCUGAAGAACAGGGCUGGGUUCCUGCCACGUACCUGGACUCACAGAGCGGCACCAGAGAUGAUCUGGACCUGGGAACAUCUAGAUCUGGAGAAGUUACUAAGAGACGUAAGGCUCAUCUGAAGAGGCUCGACCGGAGAUGGACACUAGGGGGAAUAGUCAACCGCCAACAGAGCCGAGAGGAGAAAUAUGUCACUGUCCAGCCGUAUUCCAGUCAGGGAAAGGAUGAGAUCGGGUUCGAGAAAGGAGUAACCGUGGAGGUCAUCCAGAAGAACCUGGAGGGAUGGUGGUACAUCAGGUAUCAGGGUAAGGAGGGCUGGGCCCCAGCCUCAUACCUGAAGAAACUGAAAGAUGACCUUUCCCCAAGGAAGAAGACUCUGACUGGCCCUGUGGAGAUCAUCGGAAACAUAAUGGAGAUCAGUAACCUCCUCAACAAGAAGGCUGUAAGCGAGAAGGACAUUCAAACUGACGGAGAGGCCACCACCCCUGAGCGCCACAUUUCCAAAAGUGAAAUUAGUUUACCUAUCCCAUAUGCCCCAGAGGCUGGAGUGGCACCCACAGUGGUCACUGGUUUGGGAAUGAACUCUGGAUCUAGCGCCGCCCUACAGGAGAGCAAGAGCAGGGGAGAGCCAGGGUCACCUGCCAUAGCCCGGGUGGCACCACACAGGGUUGAGAUAGGAUUUGAUGCCAUAGGAUCUCCAAACCUCAGACAGAAACCUCCUCCUCGAAGAGAUGCAAAUCUGGCAUUCCAGUUGCCCAAACCUCCAGAGGCCCCUACUGUGGAAGCGGAGUACUACACCAUAGCAGAGUUUCAAUCCAGUAUCUCAGAUGGCAUCAGCUUCCGUGGAGGACAAAAGGCUGACGUCAUAGAGAAGAACUCUGGUGGUUGGUGGUAUGUCCAGAUCGGGGAUAUGGAAGGCUGGGCACCAUGCUCCUACAUUGAUAAACGCAAGAAGCCCAACCUGAGCCGGCGAACCAGUACACUUACCCGCCCCAAAGUUCCACCCCCUGCUCCACCAGUCAAAAAACAGGAUUCUGAGGAAUCACCUUCUCUAUGUGGCUCCGCCUCCAAAGCCCCAGAAUCCCCCACUCAGCGUGUCUAUGAGGAGCCAGAAUAUGAUGUUCCUGCCAUUGGUUUUGACUCCGAUCUGGACAGUAAUCCUCCAAAACAAAAAACAAAUAAUUCCCCAAAACCAGAGCCCCGUAAGUUUGAAAUUAAAAGCAAUCCAGCAGCUGCCGAAAGGAUCGCACAGGCUGGCAAAGCGUCGCCUUUACUAAAAGUGAUGACCUCCCCCUUGAGGAAAAGAAACUCAUUGGAGGAUGUCAAUAGGGAGGAAGUGAUUUAUGAAAAUGAAGGGUUUAGGUUUUCCUCUGAUGACUUUGCCAGUGGUUGCGAUUCAGAUACCCCAAGGAGUCUCACAUUGGGUCGCAAACCUUUCGGAUCCUCUUCUGGAGGAGGGAAGCCCCUCCGGAAAGUAACACCAGAUCUAAGCCGGAGCCACUCUCUUGGUCGUGCUGAGAGACACAGCCCCAAGUCAUCGUCAGACGAAUCAGGACGCAAUCCAAAAAGAGAGCCUGUCAUGCGUAAAGAUGUGGAGAUCCGGAUUGGUCAGAGUCCUUUAGCCAGGCCCAAACCAGUGGUGCGACCCAAACCACUGCUUACAAAGUCAGAGCCACAAAGCCCAGAAAGAAUGGACAUCAGUAGCCUACGCCGCCAGCUUCGGCCCACCGGAAGUCUUCGGCAAGGAGCGGUCCGUGCAGCACGUGGUGAAGAUUCUGAGACUGCUUCAGUUGUGUCCUCUGAGGAUUCCAACUCCUCAAGAAGUACCUCCGAUCUCUCCAGCAUCUAUUCCAAAGGUAGCCGAGGUGGGGAAUCCGACCAUGAAAGUGUGCUCUACAGGACCACAGAUGCCUACGAACGAGCCCAAGAGUCAGAGGUCAGCUUCCCAGCUGGUGUGGAGGUUGAGGUGCUGGAGAAGCAGGAAAGUGGAUGGUGGUAUGUCCGUUGGGGCAAUGAUGAGGGUUGGGCACCUACUUUCUACUUGGAGCCAGUCAAGCAUACCCAUGACGUUGGUGUUCAAGAAUCCCGUGAUGGCCCUCUUGUUGAUCUCAGUAGCACCAACAAGUCCAACAGCCUCGAGAAAAACGAGCAGCGUGUUCAGGCCCUUAACAACCUCAACCAGCAGAACCUGAGGAGUAUGAGCAACCCUAGCCCACCAAUCCCAUCCAAACCACCAGGGGGAUUUAGCAAACCAAAUGCAAUGCUGAACGGUUCAGGCGUACGAAUGCGGAACGGUGUCCGUCAGGCAGCAGUGCGACCACAGUCAGUGUUUGUGUCUCCCCCACAGCCUCUGAAGGACACCAACAUCCAUUCAGGGUCUUUGAGGAGAAAUGAAUCACUGGGUGCUGGCGACCACUUGAGGUCCACAGGCGUAAGGCGAAACUCCUCCUUUACUGCCGUUCGACCGCAGCCAGCGACUGACGUGCGGGUGAGGGCUGGGACCACCAUUACAGCACCUGUUGGAAGUUCAAGCCCCUUGAUUGCCCAGAGAAAUGGAAUUCCAAUCUCUACAGUAAGACCCAAGCCCAUCGAGAAGACACACCUCAUUCACAACAACCUUCGAGAGGUUUACGUAUCUAUUGCUGAUUACCGUGGCGAUGAAGAGACCAUGGGUUUCUCAGAAGGCACUAGUCUUGAAGUUUUGGAGAAGAAUCCAAAUGGAUGGUGGUACUGCCAGGUUCUCGACGGCUUACAGGGACGCAAAGGCUGGGUACCGUCUAACUAUUUGGAGAGAAAAAAGUAAUUCCCCAAAAAUGUUUUAAACAUGCACAAUUGUAAUCAAAAUGUAAAAAGACAAACUGGAGGACUUUUGGUUUGAAACGGGAGGAACAGAGCCUUUUAGAAAGGAGUUUACAUUAAAACUAGAGUAAUGCAGGUGAAUGUUUAGCAAAAUACCUGCCGUAACUUUAUGCCAAAUGGGUGCCUUCGUACAUCUUUCACUGAAUGUUAAGAGGAAUUGGUCAAAUACCAGUGAAACAAUGAAAAUACCAAACUUCAACUUAGUGCCAUAGGCCUACAAGUACAGAAAGCAACGAACUUAUUUUUGUUACAACGCUAAAAAGAGAGAAAGAUAAUUUCAGCAUAGGUGCAUAACAAAACGUGCAGAUUCAAUCUUGAGAACUCAAAAACAAGAAAUUUCUGUUAAAAUGUCUUGAACAGAAAAACUAACAACAUCAAAUUUUAUCUUAGCAUUGAGUGCGUUCAAAAAAACACAGCAUAACUUUGAUUGUCGUUUUUUUAAAAACGUAUCACUUUUUUUAGAAAUUGUUUUGUGUUGAUGUUUUUAUAUCUUCCUUAGAGAUGUAUUUCUGCUUUCUUGUAACAUCCUAACACAUCAAAACAUUCACUGAGUCACUUCCUGUCCUGAUCAGUUGUCGUAAAUAAUGACUAUCAAUCUCUUUCGUCUUCCCCAUUCUUUAAAUAUUCACAGGCCAAAAUAAAUAAAACAUGUUAAAGGAAAACAGUCUGUGAAAGCUACAUGCAUAGCUCGCCUCAUGCCCACCUCUUCAUUGGGUUUAAACCCAAGUUUAGUUUACAAAGUGCAUCUGGUCAUGUUAGGAGGGUAGACAGCUUCAGAGGACAGGACUUUAGAUAUUGCUGCUCUGUGUGUGCUAAAUCUGCUGCUUUUGCAGUGAUAAGUCAUGAAAUCAGGACUGGAAAAUCUAUGUUUUGUUCAGCAUUUUAUCCCAGGGAAGUAGUAACAUAACAUUGAGCCCAAAAUGUGAUCACACCAAAGAAGAAUUACUUACACAUUUUGUUUUAGAGUUAGUAUUUAUUUGUAUGGGUACAAAUACAGUGUAUUCGACAAAACCUAAACGAGGUUUCAGAACUGAGAACAAAGUAUAUUUAAUUGUUAUAUCUGGAAGCACUUGAUUUUUUUUUUAACCCAAAGAAAAGCACGUUAAUAUGCAAGGUUAAUUUCUACGUUAUGAUAUUGCUGGGCAGUAUUGAAUCUGAAGUUACACAAUAAGCAGUUUAAACUUCUAUCAUUUCAGAAAAGUGUUUCAUUUUCUGUCGACAAAUAGAUUCACAAAAUGUAUCUAUUAGUCCAUAGUCCAAUCUCUCUCUUCUUUUUUAAAUGUCUAAGCUCAGAAUGAUUACUUCUCCCUUAUUCAAUCGAAUAAUACUCAUUAACAACAGCAUCAAACGGCUGAUGUUCAAGACUGCUGAAAUAUUUUUCUAAUGAAUAGUGUGAGCUCUUAAUUGGGUUUCGCGCUACUUUGAUUUAUUUUUCUGCUGGACAGUAUUUUAGUGUUAAACAGUUAAAACAUUAAUUACCUGCUAGAUUGCAGUUAUAUUCUAUUAAGCAGAAAGUUGUUUAUUUUGUCUUGUUUGUUUGUUUGUUGGUUGUUGUGUGAUCACACAUGGACAAUAAUGAUGAAUGAAGUCGUUCAUUUGUUGUGAAUCAAUGCAUUUGAACUUUUUCUUGAAUGCAUUAGUUUAAAGAUGCAGUGUACUUCAUCAGCAUAUAAUUUAUUUAACAACAUUUUUGUUGUAUUUUUCAUUUUUAAUAGUUUUUUAAAAAUACUUCUGUCUUGCAAAGAUGCCAUUUUAUUGUCAUUUGACACUUACAAAACUUGAUUCUCUUGGUAGUUUUAGUAAUUGGCUACUGCUAUAUUCUAAGCUUUUUUUUCCUACCAAGAUUAUUUUUGUCUCUUAUGUAGGUGUACAUAAGUACUCUUGAAAUUGGAAGUAAUUGUUUUUUAAUUCAUGUGAACAUUUUUCACAUUGUGUGAACAUGUUUUUCCUCAUUAUUGCUAUUAUUAUUAUUAAAAAAAUCAGGAAUGCAUUUUCAACCAUGCUGGUAGCUGCACCUUUAGCAACUAUGGACACUUCCUUUCUCGUUAUUGAGCCACAUAUAAUGCCAGAUUAUUUAAGCAAAAAAAAUCAUUUAAUCUUAUUUUAUUAUCAUCAUAUCACUCUCAGAAAAAAAAAAAAAAGAAAAAGAAAAAAAAAAUCGACCAUAUAAAAAAUCUAAAUGAUAAUCAAUCAAUCAAUCCUUCUAAUUAAAAGCCAGCAUUAAAAUAGGAAUGAUCAAAUGACAACUGACAUAAAUUUUAUAAUUAAAAACAGCAGGGCUCUAUAGUUAUAUAGUAUAUGUGGAUCCCAAAUUGUGACUGGACCAAAUUUGAUUUGAGUGUUUCAUUUAAAUGUUAUCUUAAAAACACAGCAAUAAUGGAAUUUUAAAGUUCUAAUUUGAGUGAUUUUUUUAUUUUAACUUUUAAAUUUGAAAAUGAAGCCAUUAAUUAAGCCACUCUCAAUUGCAACUCUCCUUUUGACGAUGGCAUUAUAGAAAUGUGUCGACUCACUGCAGCGCAGCGCUUGUGAUGGAUGUUGCUAAGCUCCAUUAACACUAUGCUUUUUCUUCAUUUGCGCCUAUACAUUUUACAAGGGAACUGUUAAGUGUCAAACUAGUUCUUAUCUCAUAUUACUUGUGUAUCUGCUAGCUUUGUUUUAUGUGUUCUUUAUUUAUUUAAUUUUUCAAUGCGUUUUUCAGGAACAAUGUUGUGUUUUGCUAUUUUUUUUUUUUUCUUCUUUCUCCUGUUCACUUUUGACAUUACUCAGAUGGAAUGAGGAAAUGUGCAAUACAAAAACAGGCAUCUCAUUAGUUAAGAACCGUUUUGAAAAAAAUCUUUGUUUUUACUUGUCAUUUUGACAAUUUUAUGUCAAAUAAUGCCUGGUUUUGUCCCAUAGUUUGUUUUUUUUUUGUUUGUUUUCUUCCUCCAAGUCAAAAUGAGCAUAUCAUGCCGCUCAAUAUGUGUUCAAAUAUGUUAUGCUGAAUGUUAAAAUCCCCUCAUAGAUGGACACCUUCAGUCUAUCGGCCAAACAUGACUUGAUUUCUGCAUUCACACUUUUUACCUACUGAACCGUAUCUUGCUUUAAGGGGUUUAGCGACCUCUCACACCCAUGGUGAAUUAGUAUGGAAAUAAUAGGGAAGCAUGGGCAUAUCUUAUUCUCCGAGGCACUUGUCAGUUCAGCCUGUCGAAUCACAAAUCUGAGAUGGUGGGGCAAAACCAUCAGCAGCUAUAUGAGCGCCGCGCCGCACCACACACUGCCAACUCCUCGACAUGUCUCUUUGACAUCCGCCCCUACAUUGCACCGUUACCAUGGCAAACACGACUUCUCUAUCCUAAAUCCCAAUCAUCGACAGCAAGGACUUUCAUACUGUAUCGUUAUCAGUUUUCUUUUUAAAUUUUGUUUAGCCUACUAACAACUGCAAUUUUAUUCUGGAAAUCCAGGUCUAAUUUUCCACACCUUAAAAUAACAUGGACUGCAUAUAUUUGCUUACCCUCCUGUCUGAAUUCAUGAAUAUCUGCGCCUUUUACGCAUUGGAACGCAUGUACUGAGAGUCUUAACGAAUUUUGCUUUAGUUAAAAAUGAGGAGAGUUAUAGAUGACUGUCUUGGAGUUUCUGGUCAAGAGAACAAUUUUAUGAGAGUUGAAAUAUCUUCACUAUUCCUAUUCAAACAGACCCUCUCAAAUAGAGGUUUGCUAUAGUUUCUUGCUUCAUGUUGUGUUGUGUUUUCUUUUCUUUCCGUUUAUAUGGGAGAAUAUAUGGCAUAUAUUUACAGGAAUGUUCCAGGUUCUGUGAAAUGCUGUCAAAAAUAAUUUAGUAAAAACAGAUGAAAAUUGUUUGCACCAACACCAUCUCAUGAAAAAACAUAACUAUUUUAUGAGGUGGCGAAAUGUAAAAUGUAAAACCCAUAGUAUACUUCAGCCGUCUGCGUUCCGCUAUGGUCUGUGCGCUGACCUCGUGACGUAAUUUUCUUCACCAGGAGGGUCCGCGGACGUACGUGCACUGCUCAAUUUUUGUGUCUGCAGGGAUUGUGUGCGUACAACAGUGCAUGUGCGAGUGGCUUGAAAAUAAAGUCCACUAGAUCACGUGCCGAACGUGUCUUUCCGCUCUCGAUGCCAAAGGAGCAUACCUUGAAAGGCUCAUGCACUCAACUGUGUGUGAGGAGGAGCAUACCUGGAAAACUAAGCAUACCCGGGCCUUAAGUUGUUUAGAAAUAAGCAUGAAUUCGUACUUUAUGAAUUCAAAGGUCCAUGAAUAACUUGCGAUAUCUAGAAAAAAGUAAGCAUUAACAUCUACCCCUAAAGGCCCGGGUAUACUUCAUUUUCCGCGUUCCUCUCCGUCUCGCGCACAGUUGAGCGAGCAAGACUUUCAAAUUAUAUUCCUUUGGCCGUGAGCGCAGAAAGAUGCGUUUGGCGCGUGAGCACUAUCUAGUGGACUGCUGUUUUCAAGCGCUCAAGUAACUCGGACAUGCGCUGUUGUACGCGGACCAUCCGCGCGCUCUCAAAAAUUGCGCUGCAACAUCCGCACACCUCGUCCAUGGACUCUCCUGAUGAUGAAAAUUACGUCUUUCGGACGGCUGAAGUAUACUUUGGGCUUAAACCUAACUAUCAGUGGGGGCCUAACCAGAUACAAAAAAUGUACGAAUGAGAUUGUACCAAUUCGCCAAAACAUAAAAUAGCUACGAAUUGCAAUGAAAGUGUGUUGGUUUGCACACAAAUUCAAAGUAUACAACACUUUGUAUUGAACCUGGAACUUCCUCAAUCGGAAGAGACAAUUGUUAUUUUAAGAAAAGAUUGUUGGUAAAUUUUUUGUGUGUUUGUGUGGUGUAUUCUGCGAUGGUUUGUGUACAGGAGUUUUUAAAUGGUGGAAAGAGAAGGUGAAUAGAGAGAAUGUUUGUUAAUGAUGUUUGGUUAGAAGGGAUUCCAGUCAGGUAAGGUUAGGCGCGAUUAAACAGUUCUAAUGGAUUUGAAGAAGUGUUCGCUGUGGAAAGAAAACCAAGGCUUUUUACGAUAAUUAGCACUUCAGAGAGCUUAGAGCAGCUCAUUAUGGUGUCACAGUGGCACUGCGUUGUCAUAAUAGCUAGUGAGGCGCUGUGUUCUAGAAACACACUAGUUAUUUCUGUUGGAAAACUGACUGCAACUUAAUUCAAGUGAGCAGCUUUGUGUUUGAGGCCAUUGUUUUUCAAAACAUGACUUAGAUAUGCAUGCUGAGGUUCAGAAACUUGCGAACGAAUAUCCACCACAGCUCGCUGCUGCUGCUGCAAGCCUCUUUAUAACAAUUAAAAAGUUGCUGACAGAAUGUUGCUGUAAAAGAACAGGACUCCUCGUCUCCAGCCGCGGCAUCAGGAGUAGGCUACAUUCGCGCUGUGAAAUCAUAUUACCCGAGAGCUCUGUUAAUUACAGAUGCUUGGGAAAAGCGCCGUGAAUACAAAUGUCACACUGAUUGUGGAUGUCGAGCUGCCUGGGGGUUUGGAUCAGAUGCCGAGAUAGAUUGAUCAUGUCUCUAAUGGUUCACAGCAUGUCGAGAUGUAUUAACAUCAUCAAGAGGAAUCAUUUGAGCUUCCUGCGUCAGCGAACGGCUGGAUUUACUGAGGCGUCUAUAUGUCGUGUUGGUGUUAAACAAAAGUUGUAAGAAUGUACAUGAUCGGGAUGUUAUUUACAGGGCAUUCAAAUUGAGUUUCAUUGCCCGAAAAAGUCAUGGAUGAUUUUUUUUUUUUUUUGUAGUUGUGCUCAGCUCAAAAUUAUUUAAUUUUGAUCGGCAAGAAUUAAUCGAUUAAUUGAUUUAGUAAUUGCGAAUCGAAAUUCAUUGGAUAAAAAGUGUGGGAAGUACCAAGUAAUUAGUUAAAUAUGUCAGAAUUGUCAGUAAUCCGACUAACAUUUCAUGUGACCUAAACUGGAUAAUAAGGAAGUAGGCCUAUAUUAGGCAUAAAUUAGGAUGGAGAGAGCCGUAUGUGUGUGCACUGUGAUGUAUGAAGUGUUUAAUGGGAGUUUGGUAGGUUUUUAAUUUUUUCCUGCAUUAAUUUGCAUUUACGAUCAGAUGCAUCAGUGUUUGGUCUGAGGCGACAAGGCGUUUGUGUUCAUUUUGAUGCGAACAAGUGCAGAGAGGGAACAUGCUGCGGCAGUCUAAUCUCUUGCUGUUUUCUGUCUCUGUCUCUGCUUGGCUGUCUGCACUAAUUAGCAUUCCUCUCCUCUUAAUUAACAGUCACAAAAAAAAAAAAAAAAUGUAAAAAAAAAAGAAAAAAGAAACAGCAUGUGAGGCCGGUAAUGUCUCGCUUAAAAGAGUGUUUUGAUGAGCGUCACUUCUCUGAAAGUUAAUUUGAUUGAUUGCUUUCAUCAUGCACCCACUUAACAGACUGAUGUCUGUGUGCAAGGGUUUUUAUUUUACAUCUUCUACAUAUUAUCUUACAUGUACAGCAGAUUCUUGGGCAGUCUUUGUAAUCAAAGUACUCUGACUUCAAGUGAUUCUUCAAGCAAAGUUGAAAUUCUCAGAUAGGAAGUGAAGAUGCCUAAAUGAGACGCCACAUUGUUUCUCUGUUACAGACCAUUGGAUGUAAGGAAUGUUUGGAUGGAUAUUUGCAAACCCUCAUAAGAUUAAAAAGUGUUCCCUUGGACAUAAUGAGAGAAAGCCUUGCAUUGAUAUUAUUCAGCGCUCAGCCAAAUCUACAUUUUGUAUGCAUUUCUUUUAAGGAUCUAAAGGUCUACAGCUUCAGCUUUUAAUUUUCAGCAUUUUUGUUUUGUGAUUUUUACUUUACGUUUUGUUUUUGUACCUUUUUAUGUUUACAUUGUAUCUUGCAUUGUCCUAAUGGAAAACACAAUAAAAUGUAUCCUCCUUGUU